AUGGACAGGGACAAGAUGGCGGAGAGGAUAAUAAAUCUCACCCUAGAGAUCCUCUUCCUGCUUACUGGAGAGGACUACACAGUAGUGAAGUAUGUGAGGGGUGAUGAGCAGAGGACAGAGGACAUUCCUACAGAUAACCGCCCAGAUGACUGUACCAGGAACUUAGAGAAACAUUUGGUAUCUUCAGAUUUUGAAGUAGAUGAUUGUGGUAUCACACGAGAUACAUUUGAAGAGCAUGCCAAUAUGCAAGAUAUACCCUCAUCCAAUCACAGCAACAAUGCGUCGUUUGAUUCUUUUAAAUCUUCUGAUUCAUCACAGACUGUAACACAGAAUAAAAGUCACAGAAAAGGUGCUAAACAUCAAACAGCUUAUGUAAGAGAGAAGACAUAUCCAUGUUCAGAAUGUGAGAAAUGUUUUAACCGUAAAUCAGCUCUUGCUAUACAUCAGAGAAUUCACACAGGGGAGAAGCCAUUUUCAUGUUCAGAAUGUGGGAAAUGUUUUAAGGGUAAAUCAUAUCUUGUUAUACAUCAGAGAUGUCACACAGGUGAGAAGCCGUUUUCAUGUUCAGAAUGUGGGAAAUGUUUUCACCGUAAAUCAAAUCUUGAUACACAUCAUAAAAUUCACACAGGAGAGAAGCCAUUUUCAUGUUCUGAAUGUGGAAAAUGUUUUAAGCAGAAAUCAGCUCUUGUUAUACAUCAGAGAAGUCACACAGGAGAGAAGCCAUUUUCAUGUUCAGAAUGUGGGAAAUAUUUUAAGUAUAAAUCAGCUCUUGUUAUACAUCAGAGACGUCACACAGGAGAGAAGCCAUUUUCAUGUUCUGAAUGUGGGAAAUGUUUUAACUGUAAAUCAAAUCUUGAUACACAUCAGAAAAUUCACACAGGGGAGAAGCCAUUUUCAUGUCCAGAAUGUGGGAAAUGUUUUAAGGAUAAAUCAAGUCUUGUUAUACAUCAGAGAAGUCACACAGAAGAGAAGCCAUUUUCAUGUUCAAAAUGUGGGAAAUGUUUUAAGUAUAAAUCAGGUCUUGUUAUUCAUCAGAGAAGUCAAACAGGAGAGAAGCCAUUUCCAUGUUCUGAGUGUGGGAAAUGUUUUACCCGUAAAUCAAAUCUUGAUACACAUCAGAAAAUUCACAUAGGGGAGAAGCCAUUUUCAUGUUCAGAAUGUGGGAAAUGUUUUACCCGUAAAUCAAAUCUUGUUAAACAUCAAAAAACCCACAUAAAAGAGAAGCCAUCUUCAUUCUUGGCCAAAUACGAAAAGAUACAAAUGCAAAAAAUCUCCCAACAAUUAGAAAAAGAAGUAGUUGAUAUCAAAAUAUUUCAAACUCAUCCAGAGUACACUCAGCUGGAAAGUAAUCUGCAGAGGAAUAUCAAAAGCUUACAAGGGGAGAUUAAAGAGAGAAAACAUUGCAAAUAUAACCGAGAUAGGAAAGACUUUGAGUCAGAUUCGGAACAUGAAAAACUUAUACAAAAGGGACUCUCGUAUACACCAGCACCAUAUUUUGACUGCUUCACAUGGGUAAAAGACAUAAACCUAUUUGCAAGAAAAUUAGCAUUGCACAAAGAGUUUAAAAACAAAGAAAAAGACACCCAAGAAAUGAGACGAGAACAGGAAGCAGUCAAAAUAUUAGAAGAACUACAGCAAGAGCAUUUGGGACAAAUCCAAGUACCAAAACCACCAUUCUCCACUAUGACUCCCCAGUCUAAAUUCACACCACCAUUCACCAAAUACAAUAACAUACAGACAUUUGUGGAUCUAGUGACUAUAGAACUACAAAAAAUGAAAGGGAAGAAGUCACAAAUUGGUAGUAAUCUAACCAAUAAAGAAAAGAGAGUGUUACAGGAAUUAAUAGAGAAUAAAAACCUGGAAAUUAAACCGUCGGACAAAGGGGGAAAUAUAGUAAUAAUGGAGAAACAAGAGUAUAAAAGAAUGGUUAUGGAGCUUUUAAAAGAUAAAGAUACGUCAUAUAAAACCUUCCACACGACUUCUCCAAUCCGUCUGAUGACUUAUACAAUAUUUAUUUCACAGCUUGUGAAUCUGGGUGAAGAUCUGAACAAUAUUAAUACUACAGAGACCUAUGUGAGGGGUGAUGAGCAGAGUACAGAGGACAUUCCUACAGAUAACCGCCCAGAUGACUGUACCAGGAACUUAGAGAAACAUCUGGUAUCUUCAGAUUUUGAAGAUGAUUGUGGUAUCACACGAGAUACAUUUGAAGAGCAUGCCAAUAUGAAAAAUAUACCCUCAUCCAAUCACAGCCACAAUGCAUCAUUUGAUUCUUUUAAACAGGUCCGAUCUUCUGAUUCAUCACAGACUGUAACACAGAAUAAAAGUCACAGAAGAGGUGCUAAACAUCAAACAGCUCACGUAAAAGAGAAGCCAUUUUCAUGUUCAGAAUGUGGAAAAUGUUUUAGAUUUAAAUCCGGUAUUGUUAGACAUGAGCGAAUUCACACAGGUGAGAAGCCAUUUUCAUGUUCAGAAUGUGGGAAAUGUUUUCACCAAAAAUCACAUCUUGUUGCACAUCAGAGAAAUCACACAGGGGAGAAGCCGUUUUCAUGUUCAGAAUGUGGGAAAUGUUUUCACCAAAAAUCACGUCUUGUUGCACAUCAGAGAAAUCACACAGGGGAGAAGCCGUUUUCAUGUUCAGAAUGUGGGAAAUGUUUUAAGCAGAAAUGGGCUCUUGUUGUACAUCAGAGAAAUCACACAGGGGAGAAGCCAUUUUCAUGUUCAGAAUGUGGAAAAUGUUUUAAUCAGAAAUCAGCUCUUGUUGAACAUCAGAGAAAUCAUACAGGAGAGAAGCCAUUUUCAUGUUCAGAAUGUGGGAAAGGUUUUCACAAUAAAUCGGGUCUUGUUAUACAUCAGAGAAAUCACAUAGGGUCGAAGCCAUUUUCAUGUUUAGAAUGUGGGAAAUGUUUUCACCAACAAUCACAUCUUGUUAUACAUCAGAGAAAACACACAGGCGAGAAGCCAUUUUCAUGCUCAGAAUGUGGAAAAUGUUUUCACCAAAAAUCACAUCUUGUUAUACAUCAGAGAAUUCACACUGGGGAGAAGCCGUUUUUAUGUUCAGAAUGUGGGCAAUGUUUUAAGCAGAAAUGGGCUCUUGUUGUACAUCAGAGAAAUCACACAGGAGAGAAGCCAUUUUCAUGUUCAGAAUGUGGGAAAUGUUUUACCAAUAAAUCAGAUCUUGUUAUACAUCAGAGAAAUCACACAGGGGAGAAGCCAUUUUCGUGUUCAGAAUGUGGGAAAUGUUUUCACCAACAAUCACAUCUGGUUAUACAUCAGAGAAAACACACAGGUGAGAAGCCAUUUUCAUGUUCAGAAUGUGGGAAAUGUUAUUACCAAAAAUCACAUCUUGUUAUACAUCAGAGAAUUCACACAGGGGAGAAGCCGUUUUCAUGUUCAGAAUGUGGGGAAUGUUUUAAGCAGAAAUGGGCUCUUGUUGUACAUCAGAGAAAUCACACAGGAGAGAAGCCAUUUUCAUGUUCCGAAUGUGGGAAAUGUUUUAAGAUGAAAUCAGGACUUGUUAUACAUCAGAGAAAUCACACAGGAGAGAAGCCAUUUUCAUGUUCAGAAUGUGAUAAAUGUUUUACCAAUAAAUCACAUCUUGUUAUACAUCAGAGAAUUCACACAGGGGAGAAGCCAUUUUCAUGUUCAGAAUGUGGGGAAUGUUUUAAGCAGAAAUGGGCUUUUGUUAUACAUCAGAGAAUUCACACAGGAGAGAAGCCAUUUUCAUGUUCAGAAUGUGGGAAAUGUUUUAAGAUGAAAUCAGAACUUGUUAUACAUGAGAGAAUUCACACAGGGGAGAAGCCGUUUUCAUGUUCAGAAUGUGGGAAAUGUUUUAACCGUAAAUCAACUUUUAAAACACAUCAGAAAAUUCACACAGGGGAGAAGCCAUUUUCAUGUUCAGAAUGUGAUAUGUGUUUCAACCAUAAAUCAUACCUUGUUAAACAUAAAAAAAAACAUAUAUAAGAGAAGCCAUCUUUAUGCUUAGCCUGUUAGUGAUCUCCCUUAUGUGGUUUUAUGGUGGUCACUAACUGGCUUCAUUUGUUCAGAUACUCCAUUUUACAGGGAGAUAAAACAGUUACCAGAUGUAGCUGAGGGCUUGGAGUGAUGAUUGGGACCGCUGUGAGAGCUCCCCAAACAAACAUAGUCUCCUGUAUUAAAUGAAUAUUGGUGAUCAAAGGACAGAUCCAAUUAAAAGUGAAACUAAGGUGUUUCUUUAUAUCCUUUAAACACAAAUGUUUGGUGAGAGAAAAAAAAAGAAGAAAAAACUAGUUUCCCAAAGGUACCACCCUGCCUGUGAUGGGUCGGGGAACCCUCCAUUCCUGUAAAACUACAAAUACAGGGGCCUAUAUGUGAAAGUCCCAAAAAUAGAGCUGGAUUUCCACAAGAGCUUUUGUCCAGACGUGGAAAAAGAGGCGUCAUUUACACUUGUAAAUGGCCAGUUAUUUGCAGUAUAGUGGAAUGACGGAUAGGAUGUAUCAUAAUAGCAUAGCUUAUAAGUCUGAAAAAAGACAUCUGUCCAUCCAGUUCAGCUUGUUAUUCUGCAAGUUGUUCCAGAGGAAGGCUAAAAAUACCUGUGAGGUAGAAGCCAAUUUUCACCACUUUAGGAGGAAAAAAAUUGUUCCCGACUCCAAUCGGGCAAUCAGAAUAAC